CGUGUCCUCAAACACCUUGGUGAAAGUGUCCUUCCGAGACUUUCGGGCCGUACAGAGGAGUUUGUGGGGCCUAGGAGCAGUUUUCCAAACCAAACAGAGCUGGUUUGUUUUACUCUUUCUUUCUUUCUUUCUUUCUUUCUUUCUUUCUUUCUUUCUUUCUUUCUUUUUUUUUUUUUUUUUUUUUAUCCCCCGAAACAGGGUUUCUUUGUGUAGCUAACUUUGUUCAGGAACUGCCUCUUCUGGCCUCGAACUCGGAGAUCCGCCUGCCUCCGCCGCCCGAGUGCUGGGACUAAAGGCGUGCUCCACCAUUGCUGGGCUGACAGGGUUGUUUAUAACCGGAGAUAGUGUCUUAGUUUUUUUGAAGCAAGAGUCCCGGCUGAUCUCGAACUCGGGGGUCUUCCGAGUUUCCAGAUACGCACCGCCAUACCUAGCUUCCAUCAUUUUGUUCAGUGUAUGUCUGUGUGGAGCGUUUGGCCUUCUCCCUAACCUUGCAGGUUGUUUUGAAAAUGUUUGCUUCUGUCUGGCUGUGCCAUUGUUAAGGGGCUCUGCCCUGGGGGAUUCCCUCUGAGCUGUGACUCACUUGGCGUGUGGGAGCAAAAUGGGAGGAAGCUGGCAAAGUUGUCUGCACCAGGGGAAGCAAGUACUGAAGAAAAUCACUAGCGGCCCUUCUCUUACCUACCCUCACGCCACCCGUGGUCCUGAGGCAGUGAGAUUCUAGGAAGCUGGGAUUGAGUCUAUCACAGUGGCUUUUUGUCCGUUUUGCUCCCCCCGACUCUGCCCCCUACCUGCCGGGGCACCCAGAGAUCUCGCAUCCGUAACCAGGUUGGCGAUUCAGUGUAUGUUCAGAGACAUCGGUCCCAAAGCCUUCAAGCUUACUGGAAGGGAUCCUGCACCGCGCUCCUUAUGACACCCACAGCCCUCAAGGUGGACGGUAUUGCAGCCUGGAUCCACGCGUCUAGCGUUAAGCCGGCACCUCCGCAGGACAACCCAGGGCCCUCCCAAUGGAAGCUUCAGCACACCCAAAAUCCUCUAAAGCUAAGACUUGUCAGAUCAGAUUGAUCCUGCCAGUUUUGCUGGCCUUUACCCAGAUGCCCCUGCCCACCUAUAGUAACCCCCAUGUACCCCAAAAACUGACUUGGCAGGUUUCCUCACAAACUGGGGAAAUCAUUUGGGCCACCUCCAAACUAGUUCCUCCAGGUACAUGGUGGCCUACCCUCUCCCCUGAUUUCUGUCAAUUAGCGGCUGGAUUAGCCUCCUGGGAUAUCCCAGACUCACAGCCCCAACAGUUGUCUAUAGAUGCUGGCAAAAGAUUUUCUCCUGGGGGAAAAUUUGGAUGCGGGAGUCCAGAGGCAAGAUGCUUUUUAGGAAAACUAGAUUUCUACAUCUGUCCCAAAGAUGGCAGGGAUCGGAGUACCGCUGGCCGUUGUGGAGGCUUAGAAAGCCUGUACUGCCGUGCCUGGGGAUGUGAGACCACUGGAGAUGCUUACUGGAGACCCAGUUCUUCUCGGGACUGGAUCACUGUUCACAAGAAUUACAAUUCCCCAGAACAGUGUUCCAGUAUGAGUGCAGGACCCUGUAGCACCAGCCCCACUUGCUUACCCUUAAAUAUUACCAUUACUUCCCAGGGACAAGUGGGAGGGCCGUCAGGAUGAAUAGAGGGAAGGACUUGGGGCAUCCGAUGGUAUUUUCCAAAUAGAAUGAUCAAAAAGAAUUUGGGUGCUACCUUCACAAUAAAAUUAAAAAUAGAAAGUCCCCCGGGCCAGCCAGUGGGGCCCAAUCAGGUACUACCUGACCUGGGACCUCCUGACCCCGUACCUCCUAAAGAGACCUAUAAUUCCCCAAGGCCUAUGUCUGGGGACCCCAAACCCCUGAUAUCAGCAUCUAUGCAACCAAACUCUCCCUAGUCCCAGGACGACAGGAAACAGGUACCUGGUACCCUCCUCUAUUGGUCUAUGGUGGGCCUGCAACGUUGAUCUGACUCCUUGUAUCUCUAUCUCUGUCUUUAGUGAUGCCACUGAUUUCUGUGUGCUGAUUCAACUAGUCCCCGAAUUUACUAUCAUAAUGCUUCCAGUUUUGAGGAUGAGUUUGACCUAUGCCCCAGACACCGAAAAAGUGAACUGGCCACCAUCAUCUAGUUAGAUCUGGGACUGGGGUCUACAGCUUUAGUUAGGGGAGAUCAGUACUACUCCCAAUUAAGAGCAGCUAUGGAUGAAGACUUAAAGGCCCUAGAAUGGUCCAUCUCCAAGCUUGAAGAAUCGAUGACCUCACUUUCUGAAGUGGUGUUACAAAAUAGGCGCGGUGCCAGCCUCAGGCUUUGUGCUUGGUUGAUUGGCGGUUUUGUCGGAGAUGGGAUCGCUGCCACCUCUUCUGGCUUCAGACCUUCAGCAAGCCCUUGCCUCAGCAGGGACUGUAAGGCUGCACCACUGUGCUUCAUUUGUUUGUUUUCCUUAAAAACUCUGUGUGUGUGUGUGUGUGUGUGUGUACGUACACACGCGCGCACGCCCAGGGAGGCCAGAAAAGGAUAUUGGUUCCCUUGUAGCUCAGCCAGCAGGGUUACACUUCCAGUGGGUAGAACUUGAUAAGUCACCUAUAGACCCUGUCUCAAGCCUAAAGCUGAUGAUGUGAAUUAAAUGCCCCACAUUGUCCCACUUGGUGGCAGUGGGGAGGUUGGGGAAGUGUAGCCCUGUUGGAGAAUGGCGCUGGGGGCGGGCGCUGGGAGGCUGCUGGGUUCCUGCUUGCAGCUCAAGUCAUGACCCCCUGGAACUGUAAAUGCAAAUAAGCUUUAUAACCUGACUUGGUCAUGGUGUUUUAUCACAGCAAUAAAAAAUAAUCCAAAGGUAGAAGUUACCCACUUCCUUCCUUCUCUGACCGCCACAUGCAUGUGAACCUUUAGCACACAGCGCACACAAAGAAAAAAUUACAGUCCUCUUGCCUUUGCCUCCUGAGUGCUCAGAUUGUAGGCCAUUCCCAAGCCUACCCCACAGAAUCUUCUGAGAACUCUGAACACACCCUCCUGCCUGUGCUGGCCAGUUUUACAUAAGCGACACAACCACAGCUGAGGGAAUGCCCCUGCCAGAUUGGCCUGUGGGCAAACCUAUGGUGCAUUUUCUUGAUGUGGGAAGGCCCACUCACUUGGCACUGUGGGUGCUGGGCUGAUGGUCCUGGGCGCUAGAAGAAAAGCUAAACAAGCCAUGGGGAGCAAACCUCCAUGGCCUCCAAAGCAGUCUCUGCUUCUAGGUUCCUCCCUUGAGUUUUGCCCUGAGUUCUCUGGAUUAUGAGCUACAAGCUGUAAAAUGAAAUAAAGCCUUCCCCGAGUUCCCUGCUGUGGUGUUCUGUACAGCAAUAGAAGCCAUGAGACACUGCCCCUCUCACUGUCAUUCCCCUGAAUUUGUCCUUUCAGCUGAGACUCGUAACCCAUCUCCCAGUCUCGUUGGUUUUGCUUCUGGCUUUCUUUAUAUAAUUUAGAGUCCACAUUCCAUCAUUUCAGGCACAUUCUUUUUGUUUGUUUUUGUUAUUUGAGACAGUUUCUGUGUAGCCUUGGCAGUCCUGGAAUUAGCUCGGUGGACCAGGCUGGCCUUGAACUCACAGAAAUCCUGUGCUAGGAUUAAAGGUGUGUGUCACCACUUACCUGAGUUCAUUCUUUUAUUAUUUUUUAAAGGAUUGCAUUUAUUUAUGUGCAUUGAUGUUUUGCCUGCAUGUAUGUCUGUGUGAGGUGUCAGAUCUUGGAGUUACAGACAGUUAUAAGCUGCCAUGUGGGUGCUGGGAAUUGAACCCGGGUUCUCUGGAAGAAUGGUGAGUGCUCUUAACUGCUGAAAGAUAACUCCAGCCCCCCUUCUUUUAUUAAUGUAUAUGGAUGUUUUGUGUCUGUGCACUAUGUGUGCCUGAUAUCCAUCAAGGCCAGGAGAGUAUGGGUUCUAUGGGACUGGAGUUACAAGCAGGCAGUUCUCUAAGCCACCAACCCAUCUCUCCAGCCCUACCUUGAGUUCUUAAUUCUUUUUGUUUUGUUUUGUUUUUUUCAAGAUGGGGUUUCUCUGUAUAGCCCUGGAACUCACUCUGUAGAGAGGCCUUGAACUCAGAGCUGUGCCUACCUCUGCCUCCCCAGUGCUGGGGCUAAAGGUGUCCACCUCCACUCCCUGACAUAAGUUCUUGAUUCUUUGUUUUAAAUCAUUUAAAUUUAUUUCAUGUGCAUUGGUGUGAGGGCAUCAGAUCCCCUGGCACUGGAGUACCCCAGUUGUGAGCUGCCAGUUGAACCCAGGUCCUCUGGAAGAGCAGCUAGUUCUCUUAGCUGUUGAGUCAUCUCUCCAGCCCUGAGUUCUUGAUGAUUUUAUUGAAGCUGCCAAGCAAAACUAUAACUUUGGAUUAAAUCAGUGUUCAAGAUACUAAAAGAAUCUCAACACUAUAUUUCUGUAAACUGUCAGGCUCUCAGACCUGCCCUGUCAAUUUACUCAUUGUCCAAACCUUCUAUCCCUUCUCUACAACCCGUUGUUCUCAGACAUUGGACGUGAAUGUACGGAUGUGUACAGGUGUAUGGAGGUCAGAGGUCAACUACGCUGUCUCACUGAAACUGACCAGUGAGCUCCAGGGUUUUCCCUGAUUGUGUUUCCUUAGCCAUGAGGUCACAAGUGCACGUUAACACCCCACUUACAUGGAUGCUAGGAAUCGAAUCCAGGGCUUGACACCUGUGCAGUAAGUACUCUACUGACCAGGGAUUCUUCAGCUCCAUCUUCUCAAACCUCGUUCAUCACUCGACUGUUCUGUGUAGGAGGUGAUUAAGAUACACAAUCAUGGCCUGUUGCAGUAGUGUGUGCAUAUAAUCCCAGUACUUUGGAGGCUAAAUCAGUAGAUGAUGGGAUUGAGUCCAGCCAAGACUAAAGGGAGACAUUCAAAAUCAAGAGAUCCUAAGUUCUGAAAGAAAAGCAGGAAGUUGCCAGAAAGAGAGAGAAAGAAAGAACAAAAGGAAGGAAGGAAGAAAGAAGGCAAGACAGAAGAAAAGAAAGGAAGGAGAAGGCCGGGCGGUGGUGGCGCACGCCUUUAAUCCCAGCACUCAGGAGGCAGAGGCAGGCGGAUCUAUGUGAGUUCGAGACCAGCCUGGUCAACAAGAGCUAGUUCAAGGACAGGCUCCAAAACCACAGAGAAACCCUGUCUCGGAAAAAAAAAAAAAAAAAAAAAAAGGAAGGAAGGAAGGAAGGAGAAAGAAAAUGUAGUAGUAUUUCUUUUUGCCUAGAGCAUUGUGUGGAUGUGUGCUAAACUGGCCUGGUACUGGACCUGGUGGCACAGGCCAGGCCUGGAAUCCUCACUGCUGCAAAGGCCAAGACAAUUCUCUUAUUGCAAGUUUGGUGCCUGCCUGGUGAACUUAGUGAAACUGCCAAAAAAGAGUAAGAGAAAAGAUGCUGAUAUAUAGCUCAUAGUUUCAUUUAUUUCCCUGGCAUGUGAGAGACUAUAGAUUCAACCCAUUGCAUUCAGGUACUCACUGAGGCAGAAACUGAAAUUUAGAAUUCAAAGCCAGCCUGGGAUACAUAGUGAUACCCUUUCUGGGGAAAAAAAAGAGAGAGAGAAAAAAAAAUCCAAACAAAAGACAAUGGAUCUGGAACUGGGUUACAGACAGUUGUGAGCCACCAUGUGGAUGCUGAGCACCACUACCAUGAGUAUGAGGUGGAGAGAUGGGAGAGAGAGGCACAGCGGCUUGGGCACUAGGAAAAGGGGCAGACCUGGAGGCCGGAGGCGUGAGAAACAGCCUGAUAUGUAUGAAAGGCCUGCACUCCCAUAUCCACGGUGACAUCUGGGCCUGUGUUGCCGCUGAGAGCCAUGUCUGAGUCCGUGGCCCUGCUGCAGCCUGUGUUGAUGUUGAUGUAACAAGGCCUAUGUUACCAUCCCAGGGCCUUGCUGAGCUGGCCCUGCCUCUCGUCUGGGUAGUGAGGAAGACCUGGCACCAGCAGCAUGGGUCCAGGAGGGCUAGAGGGCAACCAGCUUAUCUACCCCCUCGCAUACAAAAGGCCCUGGGUCUAAUCAGCACUGAAAACAAAACUGAAAGGUGGGACAUGCUGAAGCUCCAGUGGAAGAGCGACUGAAAGGAUGGGACGAAAACAAGAAUAUUCCAGAGUGUGGAAAGCAGGACUGCAGUUCAGGAUCUUAGAAUAUGUGUCAGUACCGUGCAGUCCUGUAUACACACAUUUCUCAUGCUGGGCUGCAAAGUCUAGAAGCGUAGGUACUCUACUGGCCUUGUUCAUUAGUUUACCCUGGUUUCUUCUGCCUAUUAUCCAGCACCUGGUGGAUAGUAAAGGAUAGAUAAGGGAAAAUAGGGGGUAUGUAGAGGAGGCGAGCAGGCCUGCUUUUCAUUCCGCCCGGCUCCUGCAUGGCUAGCUUAGCCCCGAAAAUAACAACAAACAAACUGUAUUCAUUUAAACACUGCCUGACCCAUUAGCUCUAGCCUCUUACUGGCUAACUCUCACAUCUUAAUUAACCCAUUUCUAUUAAUGUGUGUAGCACCACAAGGUGGUGGCCUACCAGGAAGAUUCUAACCUACAUCCAUCUUGGGCCGGAGCUUCAUCGCGACUGCCUCACUGUCUUCUAUCCAGCAUCCUGUUUACUCCGCCCACCUAAUUUUCUGCUAUCAAAAGGCCAAGGCGGUCUAUUUAUUAACCAAUAAAAGUAACACAUAGACAGAUGACCCUCCUAUAUCAGGGGUACUCACCAGACUGGGUAAAAUGCUCUUUCUAAUGCAUGUGUUCUAAACUGCACUUCAUUUCAAGCUUUGUGGCCAAUGAUGAAUAAAAGGGGUUUGGAACUUGGGACCUUGGAAGUUCUGUAACUAAGACAUGGAAGUAACAACAGCUAGUCAAGACAAAAAGAAUGUUCCUUUCUUUCCCCUUCCAAGUUCUUAGUGAAGGGCCAAGCCCAGGAUCCCAGACUUGUGUGACUAGGUUAUCAUUAAGGAGACUACCUUCACUUGGGUACCCUCCCUUUGGUGGCUCAAGGUGGCUUCUCAGUAGCAAAGCUCCCCACUUGCGCAAGUCUAGCAUCAUGGGGAAGGGAGACACCUCAGAAACAACAUCAGUUACCCCAGCCUAUCGCUCUAUCAUGGAAGAGUAUGGUUAUGAGGUGGGCAAGGUCAUUGGCCAUGGCUCCUAUGGAACAGUCUACGAGGCUUACUACACAAAGCAGAAGGUCAUGGUGGCUGUCAAGAUCAUCUCAAAGAAGAAGGCCUCUGAUGACUAUCUUAACAAGUUCCUACCGCGUGAGAUACAGGUAAUGAAAGUCCUACGGCACAAGUACCUCAUCAACUUCUAUCAGGCCAUUGAGACCACAUCCCGAGUAUACAUCAUUUUAGAGCUGGCUCAGGGUGGUGAUGUCCUCGAAUGGAUCCAACGAUAUGGGGCUUGCUCUGAGACCCUUGCUGGCAAGUGGUUCUCCCAGAUGGCCUUGGGCAUCGCUUACCUGCACAGCAAGGGCAUCGUGCACCGCCUGACCCCCAGCCUUUCUGCUGCUGGUAGGGACUUAAAGUUGGAGAACCUGUUGCUGGACAAGCGGGAGAAUGUGAAGAUAUCGGACUUUGGCUUCGCCAAGAUGGUGUCUUCUAGCCAGCCUGUGCGUAGUAGCCCUUCUUACCGCCAAAUGAACGGCCUUGCCAACCUCAGCCAGACCUACUGCGGCAGCUUUGCUUAUGCCUGCCCGGAGAUCUUGCUGGGCUUGCCCUACAACCCUUUUCUGUCCGACACCUGGAGCAUGGGCGUCAUCCUCUACACUCUAGUGGUUGCACAUCUGCCCUUUGAUGACACCAAUCUCAAGAAGCUGCUGAGAGAGACCCAGAAGGAGGUCACAUUCCCAUCUAACAUCAACAUAUCCGAGGAGUGCAAGAACCUGAUCGUCCAGAUGCUACGCCAAGCUGCCAAGCGUGCCACCAUCCUGGAUGUCCUCAAGGACCCCUGGAUGCUCAAGUUCCAGUCUGAGCAACCCACGAAUGAGAUCAAGCUGCUCGAGGCGAUGUCUCAGCACGUCAGCAACACUAAUCGCCACCAAUCCUUGGAAAUCACAGCUUGAAAAGGGCUGAGGUGGGGGCUGAGGAGAAAAGCUGGAGG